UCAACAAGAAUAACAAAUCAGCACGACUCUAUUAUGAUCAUUUAAUCAACAAGAAUGAUAAUGAGAUUUUAAAUGACGUUUUUGAUCUAAUAUCAGUCUCUGAUUGUAAGCAUAUAAUAGUCGAAACUUAUAAACAAAAUGAAAAUUUUCCUUGUGAUUUCA